AUACUCUAGUGCCAUCCUUACAUCGAAAACAACCUAGAUCAAAGAAAACUAGCAAAUACGAAUUGGAUCGAUGUUGAAGAACUUAAAGUGGUUAACGAUGAACUCGAAGGGGACAAUAUAUUCAAAGAGGCAUCAUCUCUACCCACCACCACCAACACCAUCUCCAUCAUCACCUCCACCACCUCCUAGCUAACCAGAGCCCAUUGACACACGAGGAAAUAUUACAUAAUAAAGACAUGCAUUACAGCCAUUGCACAAUGCUCGCCUUUCUCUUUUCCAAUUCUCAACCUUGGAGACCAUCACAAGCUACCUCGCCUUUGACUGGACCGUGCCAGAAUUAUAAAAAAAGGAAUCCUUCCCACCCUCACGGAAACAAUGCCACCGCCCAUCUCUCUUUCUCCCUCUAAAUUUCAUCAGGAAAAAGUGCAGGUUACACCAUAUUUACAUCCAUAAAUACGAAAAAAAAAAGACCUCCCCAUCAUCACAUCAGAAAACUAUAGAAGCCGACGCCAACAACAAAAAGAAAAAAAAGUAACAAAAAAAAAAAAAUGUAACGUCUAUUUAAUCUUAAAUUUUCGAUAGCAGUUGGGAGCCCAUUAGAAGAACAGAGGUCUGACCACCCCGCUCCGAUAAGCUCUUGCGAGUCCUUGCCCCCAGUUCCCCCAAAUCUCUUCAUAAAUUAGGGUUUCUUUGUUCGCUCCGUUCUUUCUUUCUUCAGCCCUCGGCGAUUCCGAAGAUUUGUUUUGGUCGAUGUAGAUCUCCGCGUCCUCGAUCUCCAUCGAAUUCUGGGGUUUCUCCGCGGAAUUUAGGGCUCCUCGUCGCCGGCGAGAUGAUCAUAAAGCGGAGCCAGAGGGCGCAAAUUCCGACGCUGAAGCGGUGCAAUGUGGAGGGCGCUGCCCCCGGGGAGGACGACGGGGAGAGGCGGCGGAAGAGGCGGCGGGAGAAUGUGUUCUUCCCGCUGGAGGUGCUUGGGGAUGUCUCCGCGGCUGGAAUCCCGAUAUUCCCCUUUGGCUUCCAGCGGCCGAGCGGGGACGUGCGAGAGCAGAUAAGCAGCGCGGCCCUGGCGUCUUCUUGGUGCACCGAGGUCUCGUGCUGCUCGGGCGAGGUGGAGUCAGAGUCGAAGGAUGGAAGGCGGAAGGAGAGGGAUCGGCUGCGCAAGGUGGUGGCGCCACCGCCGCCCGCCCGGCCGCCGGUCGUCCGUACAUCCCGAGGGCGCGCUCAGGUGCUGCCAUCCAGGUUUAACGAUUCCGUCCUCAUUGACCCGUGGAAGAAGGAGAAACCCAAGGCGAAGCCGCUCGACCCCGAUUUUGAGAUCAAGACUGUCCUGGUGGAGCCUAGCAAAGAAAGUUUCAGAUGUAAAGAUUCCAACUUUAGCUCAGUUUUCCCCAAUUCAAUCAGAUUGUUCCACGAAGAAGAACGGUAUCGGGCAUGCAGAAAUUUGAAAUUCAAGAAGUAUACUUCUUCUCGUAGCACUCUGACGUCUCUUCAUGAGAGUUUUGCCGGAGCUGAGGAGAGGUUGCCGCCGGUUGUUGAUGUCGAGGAUCCACUUGGUUAUGAUUAUGAUUCUGAUCCAAUGACGGUGGAAAGAAGGAUGCUGAAGGAGAAUGCGGAACGAAGGGAGGAUUUGUAUUGCCUGGAGGAAUUUGUUCCGGGUGAUAUCGUUUGGGCUAAGUUAGGGAAGAAGUAUCCUGCUUGGCCAGCGACCGUGGUUAAUCAAAUGCAGCAAGCUCCGGAGGCAGUUCUGAGGUCCUCCAUUCCUGGAGCCAUCUGCGUGAUGUUCUUCGGUUACUCCGGAAAUGGAAAUGAUAGGGAGUACGCAUGGGUGAAGGAGGGGAUGAUCUUUCCUUUUUUAGACCACGUAGACAGGUUUCAGGGGCAGACAGAAUUGUAUAACAGCAAGCCUAGCGAAUUUCGGUUGGCUAUAGAGGAGGCCUUCUUAGCUGAGCAUGAUUUCUUAGGAGUGCAGGUGGGUGGCAUGGAUGUGGCUGGGCAGCCUCCAUAUUAUCAGUCCUUUCCAAGAGGGAUCCAAGAGGCCACAGAUUCGAACCAUGAUCAGGAGUGCCAAUCAGUGAUCCAGGCUAUGAAUAAAUCAGGAAUACAUUGCAAGAAUUGUGGAUUGAGCCUUCCAGUCAAAAGUGCAAAGAAAAUGAAGCAGAACUCUGAACAAUUAGUGUGUAGACAUUGUGCUAAGCUUUUAAGUUCAAAACAGUAUUGUGGAAUAUGCAAGAAGAUUUGGCAUCAUAAAGAUGGCAGGAAAUGGGUUCGUUGUUGUGGAUGUCAAACUUGGGUUCAUGCAGAAUGUGAUAAAGUAUGCAGCAACCUUAAGGAUCUGGAAGACUCUGAUUAUUUCUGCCCCGACUGCAAGGCAAGGUUAAAUUUUGAAUCAUCAGAUACAGAGAAGAAGCACUCAGAAUUUAGAUGCUAUAAUGACAGUUGGCAAGAUGCAAGAUUCAAUAAGAUUACUGUUUUUUGUUUCGGCAUGGAAGGGGUUUACCUACCAGAGCAACAUGUAAUCUCAUGUCAAUGCGGCUCUUGCAAGGGGCAGAAAAAGUUUAUGCUUACUGAAUGGGAGCGACAUACUGGUUCUAAAACUAAAAACUGGAGGUCCAGUGUUAAAGUCAAGAGUACAAUGAAGCCAUUGGGAAAAUGGGUAGAACGUUAUCAGGCUACUGUGGUUUCUGCAAACAAUUCUAAACGUCCAUCUCCAAAAGUGAGGAAAGAAAAGCUACUUGCUUCCUUGCAAGAAUCAUAUGACCCAGUAUAUGUUAGAUGGACAACAGAACGAUGUGCAAUCUGCAGAUGGGUUGAAGACUGGGAUUACAAUAAAAUCAUUAUAUGUAACAGGUGUCAAAUAGCUGUCCACCAGGAAUGCUAUGGAGUGAGAGGCAAACAAGAUUUCACAUCUUGGGUUUGCCGUGCUUGUGAAACCCCAGAGCAAAAGCGGGAGUGCUGCCUUUGCCCUGUAAAAGGUGGUGCUUUAAAGCCGACAGACAUUGAUAAAUUAUGGGUCCAUGUCACGUGUGCCUGGUUUCAGCCCCAAGUUUCUUUUGCAAGUGAUGAAAUAAUGGAGCCUGCUGUUGGCAUAGUGAACAUUCCAUCAGAGUCUUUUGUGAAGGUUUGCGUCAUAUGUAAGCAAAUGCAUGGUUCUUGCACACAGUGUUUUAGGUGUUCCACUUAUUAUCAUGCCAUGUGUGCAUCAAGAGCAGGAUACCGCAUGGAGUUGCACUGUUUAGAGAGAAACGGGAAACAGAUAACGAAAAUGGUUUCAUAUUGUGCGCAUCACCGGGCUCCAAACCCAGAUACAGUUUUAAUCAUACAUACCAAAUCAGGUGUAUUCUCUUCCAAAAAGUUGCUCCACACUAAUGAAAAGCAGAGCGGGUCAAGGCUGAUCAGGAAAGACAUCCCUAAAGUUCCAACCUUACUUUCUCAAUAUUCUGAAACCUCAUCUGUUGCAAGGUGUCUAAUCUAUAAAAAAAUAGAAACUAAGAGAACACAAGAAGAGGCCAUUGCCCACCAAGUGAUGGGGCAUAUUCAUCAUUCUUUGGAUGCAAUUAAAUGCCUUAAUAAACCUAGGGAUGAGAAGGACCCCGAAUCAUUUUCUACAUUCCGGGAGCGUCUUAAAUAUUUGCAGAUGACCGAGAAUAGCAGAGUUUGUUUUGGUAGAUCUGGAAUACAUGGAUGGGGUCUUUUUGCACGUAGGAACAUUCAAGAAGGAGAAAUGGUCAUUGAAUACCGCGGGGAGCAGGUCAGGCGCAGUGUUGCAGAUUUGAGGGAGGCACGCUAUCGGUUGGAAGGAAAAGAUUGCUAUCUUUUCAAAAUCAGUGAAGAAGUAGUGGUUGAUGCUACAGAUAAAGGGAAUAUAGCACGUUUAAUUAAUCAUUCUUGCAUGCCCAAUUGCUAUGCAAGAAUUAUGAGUGUGGGUGAUGAUGAGAGCAGGAUAGUUUUAAUAGCUAAGACAAACGUUUCUGCUGGAGAUGAGUUAACGUACGACUACUUGUUUGACCCUGAUGAAGGUGAUGAAUAUAAAGUUCCCUGUCUCUGCAAAGCCCCAAACUGUCGGAAAUUUAUGAAUUAGGAAAAUGUACAUGCCCUCCUAUUCCUUCACAUGAAGCCUUCACAACCCACUUCCCACCUCCAGCUGCUCCUUUCUGUCAAGGUUCCAAUCUUUCAUAUUCCAUUUCCCAUUUUUUAUAUCAAUUGAAAUUAUUUAAAGGUUGAGGGUAACAAGGGCCACAUUCUUCUCAAAUUACAUACCUUGGUGUAUUAAUUACAGCUGUUUAAUCAAUGCAGCAUUUUUUUUUCCUCCUCG